UUUCGUCCACAUCGUUCUUUAAUCCAAACAUACAUAUACCGUUUUUGGUCAAUGAAUAUUACACAAGCCGGAGUUAAAAUCAAAGUGUCAAAAGUGAACACCAAUCUCCACCACAACAGAAGCAAACAUGCCAAUUCACAGUCUUUAUAUCCUGAGCAAGUCUGGGGGUCUGAUUUACCAGCUGGAUAACAACAUUCCAACUAUAGAAAAUGAAAAAACAUUUAGCUUUCCUCUUGAGGUUAAGCUUGAGGUGCAGAACAGAAACAUCAUGGUUGUGUAUGGUCAGCGUGAUGGGAUUAAAGUUGGACACACAUUAGUGUCUGUGAAUGGCAUGAAGGUGACAGGCCAACAACUUGAUGACGGACGUGAUGCCAUGCAGGUUCUCGCUAAUGAGGCAAACUAUCCUAUUAACCUGAAGUUUGCACGACCCAAGUUGACCACAAAUGAGAAGAUUUUCCAGGCAUCAAUGUUUUAUCCUCUUUAUGCACUGGCUUGUCAGCUAAGCCCAGAGACAAGAAGCUCAGGGAUAGAGACUAUUGAAAGUGACAACUUCAGGAUGAACUGCUUCCAGACACUAACAGGAGUGAAGUUUAUGCUUAUCUCCGACCCCAAACACGCAGGCAUAGAUACCCUUCUCCACAGAGUAUAUGAAAUCUACUCCGACUUUGCCCUCAAGAACCCCUUCUAUUCCCUAGAGAUGCCCAUAAGAUGUGAACUCUUUGACGAACACAUAAAAUCCACUCUUGAACAGGCCGAGAGAUUAGGAAUAAGUAGUAUAUGAAUUGUUUGGUACAUUAUUAUGGAUGAGAGUAACUUGUAUAUCACCACAUCGUAAAGGUUUAUGGUUUUCAUCUUCAUGACUGUAAUUAUUAUAUACUAGAAGUGAACUUGUGCAUGCAUCUUUUUCUCGCAGAUGUGAUUUAUUAUGUUUAAAGUGAAUAUUCUGGUACUGAGCACUGUAUCAAGGAAGAUAUGCCAACUGUCUGUAAUAUAUAAAAAUCUAUCUUGAUCGUAAAUGCUGACUCCACAAUGACUGAUUGGAGUUACCAUGAUGAAAUAUAAUUUGAUUAUAUGAUUGUUAUUUAGAAAAGUAAAGGAAUAUGAAAGUAGGCUGUAUAUUUCCACAUAUAUAUAUUUUUUUCUUUCUCUUUUUCUUUCUUAUUUUAUUGAUUGCAGUUUGGUAAUAGUGAUGUAUAUUUUGAGAAGUUAUUUCAAGUUGGAUUUAAUCAUGAAAGUGUUGAAAAGAAAUAUUUAAAUUACA